UUUUAGCCUUUCUUCCGAUUCUGUGCAAUGUCUCACAGCCUUCCGUUGAUGCUCUCUUUGUCCAGAGUAGCCCUGUCAGUUUCUGUUGCAGGCAUUCAGAGAUCCUGGUGGAUACACUCUGGCUCCAGACACAUCCCAACUUUGACCUUCACCUUCUGCUUUUAAGUAUCUGCCUGCAUUUCUCAGUCCAUGCAUGCUACUUUGUGCCUCUGAACCUUUGUCCCUGCUGUUCCUUCUGCCGGGAAUGUCUUUCCCACCUUAUUCUCCUCAUUGAUUCUUAUCCCAAGAACCACCUCAGACACUGUCAACUCUGGGGGGACUUCCUCCAAUCCUCCUCUAUACCACACCCCUGCCUCCAGGCUGGCUCUGGCCCUCUGGGUAGCCCUAGGCCCUGGGCUUCUCUCCCUCAGCAGCAGCAUUUCCUCGUCUGAACCCAAGACCAGAUGCAGGCCCACCCACCUCCAUUUCUCAGUUGGCCACAACAAAUGUUUUUUGGGCUCCAGAAUCAUGGAGGGUCAUACAGGCAGCUCCCUGGGGACCUGCUCAGGGAUUCCUCCGCCAGCUAGGACCAAAUCCAUUGCCUGCUGCUGAGGGGUCAUGAGGGGAAUUGCUGAGGACUGCGAGAUUGGGAAUCGUCCCAGAAUAACAAUGAGCCUGACUCCUCCGGGUUGGCCAUUGCUCCAGCCCUAGCCUUUGAUCCAGAGCCUGUGCCAGCCUUUGUCAUAGCCCCAGCCGCUGCCCCAGCUCAAGCCACAGACCUGACCUCACACCCCACCCUCGGCCCCAGCCCUGUCUCUGCCCCUGCAUAGGCCCUUCCCCCCACCUCUGCCCUCACUGCAGACCCCCAGCAUCCUUCCCAGUGAGACCCACCCAGGCUGCCCUCUGUAGAGGCCCUGCCUCUGAUCGAAUGGGGCUUUCGGUGGGGAAGGACUGGCCAGUUAAUUGGGCGGUGAAUAGAGCAGGUAUAUCAGAGGUAGGUGCCACGCCCAACUCCCCUCAGUGGCACAAGACCUGCAGCUCCAACAGUAGGUGACAGAGCCGAGCCUUAGGCAGGGGCAGGGGCAGGAUCAGGUUUAGGUCCUGAAGGUUCCUUCUGUUCCUCACCUCUCCUGCCCUGGGCCAGACUAUGUCCUGAGCCGUGGACAGGGCUGAACCCUCCAUGGUUGCUGAGUGCCCCAGCUGGGGAAGUGCCCGAGCUAUAGCCACCCAAAAUCAGGUAAAAGGAGGCAAAAGGGGGAGUCCCAGGACAAGCCAGUAGGAUUGGGGAAGCUUGCAAGGUUGGGGUAUCAGUAAAGACCACCACAGAUGACCAUCCUUGAAAGAAAGGCAAAAACAGCCCAAGUCUCCUCUGAGGUCACCAACGCCUCUCCACCCCUUCUCCUUGGGAACUGAACCAGGGCAGCAGGGGUGGGGAGGGCCACAGGACCUCGGGGAAUCAGGCCGUCCACUCCACCCACAGGUCGAUCCUGCAAUGGACACAUCAUGAGGACAGAAGCCAGCACUGUGAUGUCACAGCUCAGCUGCGGCUUUGUGCUCCUGGAGCUGUCGAGUGAGUCAGCUGGGCCCCUUCCUCCUUCCCGUGCUCAUGUACCUGUGUCCGAUGCUCAGGGCUGGACAGGUUGACUGUGUAGCCCCACCCCUUCUCCCCCUGCUCCUCCCACAUGCUGGGGCGGGCCCAGCAGAUGGCCAAUGAACAGCACGCUUAGGGAGACUGUCUUCUUUUGGCCAUAACUAGCGACCAGUCUUAGGUGAGCGGCCCAGGAACUCUUUGCAAGGCUGUGUUGAAACCACCUGUCAACUAGGCCACCUUCCCAGCUUGACCGUGAGCUCAUUCAAAGGGUCUAUCCUGGUCCCCAGUCUAGCUCUGUAGAAGCUCAGAGUAUAUGAUGUCAGUUAAAUGCAUAAAUGGCUGGAGGGACGGGUGGGUAGAGAUAGAUGACAAAGGUAUCUCCUUCCUAUGUGGGCUACUCUCUCACCCGUCCCCAGCUCUGACCCUCGGAGUCUUUCCUGAAUGCUCUUGGAAGCUAGCACCUGUUGGAAGCCCCAGGCAUCUUGGCACCCAUGGGACUUGACGGUGAUGGAGCUGUCCCAGUUAUGGGGUGACAAAGGCAAUAAUGCCACUGCAGAAUGGCACAUUUGGUCCCUCCAGCGCUGGGGGGCACAGCUCAAAGACCUCAGACUUUGAACUUAAUGAAAGCCGAGUCCAAAUCCAGCCCUGUUGUACAUCCUCAAGCUGGUCACAGGGGCCUCUCUGAACCUCUGUUUCCUUUUCUAUGAAGUGGGAAUGUGAACUGGCUUCUGAGGACCAUCAGGAGAAUCAGAAGAGAAAGCUGCUGUCUUGACUGUUGCUGUGGCCAUCCAUCUUCUUCCUGCCUGGCCCACGUGGCCCUCAUCCUCCAGUGUAGCCUGAGGUGGUGAGGGGCAAUGUUGGCGACCGUGGACACAGGCCAGGAGGCUGGCCUGAGCAAUACCGGUGACAAGGACCGGGACCUGCAGGUGCUGUUCCAGGAACUCUGCCAACUCCAGGCAAAACAGAGGAAGCUGAGGAGAGGUCAUAAGGUUUUUGAAGACUAUCUGAUCAAGGUCCUUGAGAAAGUCCCCAAGGGCACGGGGUGGGAGGAGCCAGAGGAGGUCCCGGUGGAGGCCAUGGUGGGGCACUAUGGGAAGCUCUUCGCAGUCAGCCAGGACAUCCAGAAGCUUGUGGAGGCCUUCUUCAAGAUGAGCCAGGCCGUCCACCAAAGCCUGAGGGAGUCUCUAGAGGGAGGCCAUAGGGCUCUUAUGCCGAGCCUCAAGAUCCGGCUCUUCCAGCUGCAGAAGAAGUGUCACCGCAAGCAGGAGCAGUGGCGGCAGCUGGAACACGGUGUCACCUACCAGAAAGACACAGGCAGGAAUUCUGGGAGGGGCCCGAGUCUGCAGAGCCGGCUGCUAAACUGCAUGCAAAUGGUCAUCAACAGCACGGCCCAGCAGUGCUGCGCCUCUGCCCACGGCAUGCCCAAGGGCACGGGUCUCUUCUCCAAGCUCGACCUCAUCCGGGAAUUUAUGUUGGACACAAUGGAGACUGUGAGAUUCAUCUCACUGCUCAGGGGACCCAGAGUGUGCUGGACAGCAGACAACCCCAAGGACCGGGGCCUCAGAAGGUACCCCAGACCAUUCAGGAAACAUUCAAAGAGUCAAGAUUCGAUCCCCAGGACCCCCUUUCCUAGCACCCAGACUUCAGAGUCCCCAGCCUGUACUGACACAACCCAGGGCCACCAACCCUGCCAGCAUCACGACCAUCUCUUUACCUGCUUGGCCUCCUUUUUUCACCACCAGAGCUCCUGAGUGGGUGGGAGG